CAUUUUUCCAUGAUUUAAUAAUAAACAGCAUAAAUCCAAACUUGAUGUUUUACGUGGCAUGUGAAAUCGGUUACUUGCCAAUUGCUAUUGAUUAGUUAAACGAAGUUAAAACCAUUUUACAUGACUCGCUUGCGUCGACUCGUUAACUAUUCAGGCAAACUCGGGUUGCCGAGUUUGCCAACACUGGAAUUUGUUCGGCUAGGACCCACAUACAUCAGACUGUGCAUGUUCCCAAGCGACACCACCUUCCACCGCUAAUGACGAUUUCCGGCGACGGAAAGGUAAUCUACAACCUUGACUACCGAUCGAAGAACGACGAUGCGUGGUACACCUCUGGCGUCGUUCUCGAAAAUGGAAAGCGGCUGCGCGUCAAGCUCGAGGAUUUCAAGUCAGGCGACGCUGAUGAGGUAUUCUCUAUGGGUAAUUUCUCCAAACACGAUGAACUGGAAGAAUUUCUCCGUCGAUUUCGUCCGGUGUCCGUGCCGGUCGAGGAGAACGAGUGCUCCACAGUGGUCGAAGGCAUGACGGUGUGUGCUACUUAUAAAGGCGAUGGAUCAGUUCGAUACUUCGACGCCAUUGUUGAUGGUGUUUGCUACAAAGAGCACAAACCUGAGAAGUGCGUAUGCACUUAUUUACUAUGCUGGAAACAUGGCCCUGGUGAAGGCACAGUAACUGCAGAAAAUAUUGUUGAUGUAUGCUUCAUUAAGUCUGGUGCCCCUGAUCCCAGAGUUACUGACUUUGCAAAGCUUGUGAUGGAAAAACUCUCUUCUCAAUCCAGUCUCAUACCCAAGACUCCAUUUCUGUCCAGAAAAACAAGCUCAAACCAAACUUUUAACAAGUUACAGGAAUUCAGUGGUGAUGGAGACAGUUGUUUUAGUGGAUUCUCUGAAGAGAAGGGAAGAUUCAAGACUGAACUAAUUGAUCAGGACAGAGACAUGGGAGGUGUCAAAGAAACUGAAUCUCAUCAUUUCAUAAUAUUAGAGAAUCUGGAGAAAGAUCUAUCUCCAGUCUUGAUGAAAGACUUCAUAUAUGAACAAACUUCAAUCCCAACACACACUUAUGUUUUUCAAAGUCUGUCAAAUGAACCAUAUGCAAGAGGAAUAAUUAUUGUGGAUAGCAAACAAAAGCUGAAGAGGAUACAUGAAUUUAUAAGCAAUCCAAAUCACUUUAUUGUAUCUACUUUUUCUGGAAGGCCAUGGGUUAUAGCUGAAGACAUGCUUAGAGCUGAAACUUUCAACAUAAUGCAGAUCCUGCAGCCAAAGUCUGAGAACAAAAACACAGGAAACAAGUUAAUGGUGGUGCAUUUGGGAACAAAAGAAUAUAUGAGAGCUAAAAAAUCAAAAGAUCUAUAUAUGGAAUUCCGGAAUCAUGUAAAUAGACUUGUGAAGAGGUUAGAUAUGGAGGAGAAGAAGAAAUGGCGUUCAUCCAGUACAAACUAGUUACUAAUCAUGUGUUGUAAAGGUGCAAGAGUCGAGUUGUAAUUUUGUAAAGCAAAACUUCCACUUUGUUUUGCCUUUGAAUCGGGUGCAAUGUAGGUAUGUUUACUCUUAGCUUAAGUACAAGUUAAUACAACAAAGUCUAUUGGAUCUAGUCAAAAAGAAAUAUGUAAGUUGUUUUAAGGGUAGUAAAUUUAAGGAUAUGUAGUAUGUUUCUCUUACAUAUCAAUUUUAUUUCGAUUUUGGCUUGUCUCAUUAUUA